GGACCUACUACAUCCGAAUCCACCAAAGACCUUGAACCGUUCUACAAGACUUAGAAGCGAGUGCAAAGAAAUCACUGAGUUUGCACUAACUCGUAAAAAGAUUUUAGUUACUGGUGUGUGCUGCGAAGAUUGAGGAUGCAUUAGCGUGUGCUGUUCAAUAGUUUCAAUUUUACCGCAAUGUUUGUUUGCGAAAGGUUUUGAGUGGGCACAAUUCUUUGCUCACGUUGGUGUUAAACCAUUAGAAAAAAACGCAUAUAAGCGUAAAACAAAGGUCGGAACACUUCAGAGGACAUAGUAGGAGACUACAGAAGCAAUGAACCAAUAUAGUCUUCGCAGAUUACUGGUUCUCGCGUAGAGUAACCAACACCUGGAACAAACACCCAGAAGAAGUGGUGUGCGCAUCAUCAACUGACUCGUUCAAAAAGGGGAUUGGACAAGCACAGAAAUUUACUGGAAAAGGAUUAAUAUAGGCUCCCAGCCUCAAACAACAAAUCUUAAUUUAUAAUCAAAUUUGAACUUCGUUCAAGAAAUAUUUCAUGAAACAUUCCUUUUCUGUUACUAUGUGGAUAGAAUACUUAUAUGCGAUUGGACAACUUGAGAAGGAUAUUGCUGAAAAGAGUGACUUUUCGCUAAACGUUCUUUGUUUAAUAAUUCAGUGUUAACGUACGUGAUUACGCUGAGGCAGAAAUACAACAGUCUAGUUACUGGAAAUGAACAGAUGCUUUGGGGACACAUGGAAAAAUGCUUGUCCAGAGAUCUUUCUGACUUCUCUAUUGAAAUCCUGCCUCGCAGUUAAACCGCAUUUCUUCAGCAUGUUCAGGAAAUUUACAUUAUUUAAAUGCUUUCAUAUGUACAGUAUCAUCUUGUUCUCGUAAAGUAAUGUAACCUUUGUUGGUGAUUUUUGCUUAAAGUGACGCUUGGCUCUGUCCUGGGGUUCCUCUUAUAAAUGACCUGCAGAAUAUCAAAAAACUUAAGGUUCUCAACACAUGUAAUAAUCUGGCCAGAAAUUAGGGAUGACGAGGAUGUGCUUGCACUUCAGACAGACCUAAACAGCUUGUUUGCUCGGUCAGAAAAAUGACCGAUGUCUAUCAACCCAGGUCCAAUGGUUCAUUCGUCUUUCUAUCGUUUUUGGAUGAGGAAAAGUAUUGGAAUUAAUAUACAGCCCGUUAGAUAUUCUUCCGAUAUCAAUGCAUUCAGAGAGAUUUUGUCUAAGUCGCAUAAUGUGCUGGUUUUGACUGGUGCCGGUGUUAGUGCUGAAAGCCAGGUACCAACUUUUCGAGGAUCUGGUGGAUUAUGGAGGAACUUUUCUGCCCAGAAUCUUGCCACUCCCAGUGCAUUCCACUCAGAGCCAGGGCUAGUUUGGGAGUUUUAUCACUAUCGCCGUGAAACAAUCCGUAGUAAGCAACCUAAUAAUGGCCACUUGACUCUUGCACAUGCUGAAACACAAUAUCUCGAAUGUGGUCGUUCGUUUUUUGUGUUUACACAAAAUGUAGAUGGCUUGCAUACAAAAGCAGGAAGUAAUAAUAUAUUAGAACUACACGGAAAUGUAUACAAAACACGGUGUUUGGAGUGUAAUGAUGUCCGCGAAAACUAUGAUAGCCCAAUAUGUUCAGCAUUAUUAGGUCGUGGCUCACCAAAAAUUGAAGCACAAGAAUACAAAUCAGUUCCAGUAUCACAAUUACCACGUUGUCAAAAUAUCAUUAAAGAUAAUGUAUGUGGAGGAUUGCUUCGUCCUCAUGUUGUUUGGUUUGGAGAAUGCCUUGAUCCUGAGGUUCUUUCUAAAGUCGAUGAAAUUAUGUGUAAAACUGAUGUGUGUCUAGUUGUUGGUACAAGUGCUGUUGUUUAUCCAGCUGCAAGUUUUAUUACAUCCUUAGUUAAUCGAGGUGUUCCUGUUGCUGAAAUCAAUAUUGAAGUUACUCCAGCAACACAUUUAUUGGGAUAUCACUUCCAAGGGAAAUCUGGAGAUAUUCUACCGAAGCUUUUCGAUUCUUUAGUCUUAUCAUAACGUGUGUUGUCCAUUGAGUAUUGUUUUUUUAUAUUAUUCAGUUUACAUAUUGUACCCGAAGAUUAAUAAAUCACAAAUAAAAUGGUAAUGUAUCAU